UCAAUCAGUCGUCGUUGGUGCUGUCAUCCACAAUGAAAAAGACGCCCAUCAACUCCAGUAUCUUGUUCAAUGACUAUGCUAGUAUCAGUUCGCUUGAAAGGACGAAUAUCAAUGGUCAGUUAAGUGAGGAUAAGCCAAGUGUAAACGAGAGAGUAAUUGUUAAAUUGACUUGCAUGAAUAAAGGCAUUUCUAGUUUCAAGUUACUAUUUGAAUGUUAUUAUCUUUGGUGUAAAUUACUCUGUUUCUACACUUGGUUGACCAGAUACGUCGUGUGUUUGUUAGUCAUCUUUAUUCUACGAUACAAUGACAUGAGCGUGUUACCGUUCAGACUUGAUGAUAUGGCUGAUAGAAGGAAGUUAGCAAAUGAACUCUGCAACGAUUUUCCAAUCUAGAGCGUCAACCUGAGUAGGGUUGUAGGCGUACUGCUGUAAGUCCUACAAUUCUUCAAAGGGUAGCGCAUCAAUGAGCAGUCCAAUGUGCUUGGUGUGUGAUUUUGUACAUAUGUUCAUAUUGUAUAUACUGAAUUGAUAUCAUCUGUCAUCUAGCUGUUGGUAAUUCUGUUUGAGUCC